UGCAGUCGUUGCGAAGCCGUUGUCAUCCCUCCGGACCAGAGACUGAGUUUUUUCAGCGACUACAGCCGGACCCACGCCUGCCCCUCCUGCGGCCACGUCGACCACCACUUCGUGAAGCCCCUGACGUCCUUCGUGAGGGACGACAGGCAGGCGUGGUAGUGGCAGGCGCCCUCGGGCCUCCCCACCACCCCCUCCCCUCCCCGCCCAGCGCUUCAGGCCCGGACCAGCCUUGGCCGGGGAAAUCGCGUAACACAUACAUCCCUUUGUUUGGCGUUGUCACCUUCAGAAAAGAGUGUGUAUAGUGAACUUACUUUGUCUCUUGGAAUUGAAAGCAAGGACAGGACCGAAAAAAAAAUAGCAGAGUGAAAACGGACCGAGAAGGAAAAGGAAGUGGAAGAUAAAUAGAGAAGGCGAGGGAGAGAGAGAGAGAAAAUUAGUUUUAAAAAAAAAGAGGAAUGGUAUUUUUUAAAAGUAACUAAUUGAAAUAACGAGAAAGGAAAACGUUAAGACAUGGGCUGACUGGAAAGGGUGUGAGUGUAGUCAGUCAUUUUUCUCUCCCCCCCCACCCCCCCACCCACCCAGCCAAAACCAAUCCACACACACACACACACACGUACAUUGGUUCUUUGCUGUGUUGAGAAAAGGAAAUCGUGUGUGUGUGUUUUUUCAAGAGAAGGAAGAGGAUAGAUUUGAUUGUCUUUGUCGGCAUUCGAAGAUCUAUGCAGAGAAGAGAACAGCAGAGAAGAAUAAAAACAAGAAGCUGGGUUUGAUAGUUUUUUGUUUUUUUUUCAUUCUCUUAAAACAUUCCAGAUGAUGAAUGUGUGAAGACCCUUUCUGUCUGUUACACGAGAGGAAGCAGAGGAUGGCAUUGAUGUGGUCGGUGAGGAAGAAGGAAGAUGGAGGGCGGAAGGAGGCGAAGGAGGAGAAGGAGAAGAAGAGGAAAGAAGAGGAGGAGAGAGAAAGAAGUCUCGGGGGAAAAAGAUUUUUUAAAAGUGUGUCUGGGAGGUGUGAAGUCUCUCUCUCAGGGGGCUUUCAUUACGCUGAAAAAAAUUCAAAGGACCGUGUUAUUAAAGUCUUUUUUACGGAAAAUAAAAGACUUGAGAAAGACAAUGAGGUGUUGGCGAACGCAGCGGCACUUCUUCAGGUGUUGCUUGUAUGGACGACUUGAUGCUACCGAAGAAGGGAGAAGGAGAGAGAAGGAGAAAGGAAAAGAAAAGAAAAGAAAAGGUGUAGAUAAAAACAUUUUAUCUCCUGACGUGUCUUGUGUUUGGAACUAAUGAUACUUUUGAAGUGUUGUUUGUUUUUAUACAGAAAAAAAAGGAAGAAAUCUUUAAGAAAACUGAAAAAGUCUGCUGCACAACACCGUGGUCCGAUACCAUAUACCUGCCAAGGAGUGUCCUGGAAUCAAAUUCUAGGCCUGUUUCUAGUGUGAUUGGCUCGGAACGAGAUAGAUGUAAAGAAAAAUGUACUUAUGUGGACAAUUGGUGUGUUUUUAUACGAGUACAUAUUUUUUUUUUCUUAAAGAAGCCCAGAUUUUAAGGUGUCUGCCGGGGAAAAAUUAAAAAGUAGACAGACUCAAACCAAAAAAAAAAACUACAAAAAAUACAAAAAAAAAAAAAUUACAGGAACCCAUAUGGAACCGGGGAUACUUUGUCUUUGUAAUGUUUAAUAAGUCCACCGGAAAGACGUGGACGGAUGUAAAUAAUGAUAGAGAAUAGUCGUAUGCUAAUUGUGUGAUCUCCUGUGCUGUAUACAACUUUAUUCCAUAAGUACGAUUUUAAUGUUUCAUCGUAGAGAUAGUCCAUAAAAAAAAUCCUUGCUGAUAUAGCGCCCGAGACAAACAAACAAACAAAAAAGAUGAACUUACAACCCCGUUUUUUGAAAUUUGUAACGUGGAAAGAAGAAAGAAAGAUAAGCAAAAAAAAAAAAAAAAAACAGACAAACAUAUUUGGAAGAUGAUUUAAACAACAACAAUGAUAAUGAUAGUGUGGAUGAAAAAUCAGAAGAAAAAUGGAGGUGAGAUGGAAGGACGAUAGAGAAGAAGUAGAAGAAAGUGUGAAGAAAAAAACGAAGGAAUAAGUGUAAACAUCGACGAAUGGAGGAAGAGGAGGUCGGAGUGAUGAUGCGAGGAAGUGAAGAAGACCAAAGUGAUGCGAGGAGGAGGUGACGAAGCGAGGAAGUGGAAGAGAGAUCGGUAAAGAGAGGAAGAGGAGGUCGUGGCGUUGACCGAGGACGUGGAGGGAAAUGAGAAGAAAUAGAAGAAGAGAAGAAAUAGGAAAUAAAAUAAAAAGAAGAGUCAAGCGUUCAAAAAAAGAAAAAAAAAUAUAUAAUUGGCGAUUAAUUCCAUCUUGUACCAGUGACUAAAAACAACAGAGAAAGGAGAAGAACAACGAAGCAAGGGGAGCUAUAGGAGCGGAUGGUGAAGGAAGGGAGAAAGGAGAGAGAAGGAGAACGAAGAGAACGACAAGAAGUGAGAAACACCGAAGGCUUGUCCACAAAGAGAACGCGGAAGAAAGAGGAGGAAGGGAAGAAAAGGGGGAGAAUGAGAAGAACACGAACGAGAAUAAGAAAACAGCAAGAGAUAGAAACAAAAAAAAGAGAAGAAAAAAAUGGAGAAUAGAGGAAACGGAAACCAACACCCCCUACCUCCCCCCACCCCCCUCCCACCCCUCUAGAAGUGGGGGGGGGGGGGACCUCAGACCACGAACCCCGCUCGAAGCCAACGCCCAGACCGACGAAGAUGGAAAAGGGAGAAGAGAAAGUGGCGAAUAACGGACGAGAGAGAAAAGCGAAGAGCAAGAACCGGAAGAGAAAGAGAGGAGAAAAGAAAAUGUGAAAAAGAAGAUCGAAAAGGAGUCGUGUCAACGACGAUGAGAGUUGAAUCCAUCCGGUAAGAAAGAAAAGAGAAGUGAGUGCGAGAAGGAGAGAGAAGAAAUCAAGCCAAGAAAGGAAAGGAAGACCCAGGAACAGAAGAAGAAAGAAGAAAGACGAGAAGGACGAAGGAAGGAGGACCUGGUUUUCAUCACGACCAUCCCCCCUCCCUCACCCCACCCCCCCUACUCUCAACCCCCCUCGAGCACCAACCUUCCCUCCAUCAACCUCGUCGGGCGACAGUUGAAGGCAGUGAGUCUCCUUCCUCCUUCAAACGCGCGGGAAAGGAAGAGAGGAACCUAAAUGCCUGUAAGUUAGUUCAAUGUCCACUCUUUUCUUUCAUUUUUUGUGUAAGAAAAAAAACAAACAAAAAAAACUUUAAGCCCCCAGGUGGAAACUUGAAACAAUAGCAGCAUAAAAAAAAAGAAAUCGAGAUUUUUUUCCCACCCACCCUUCAAAAAAAAAAAAAAAAAAAAAUAUGGAAUUAUAUAUAUACAAUUAUAUUAUUAAUGAUUACUGAUGCUUCCACUUUUCACGGUGGGUUUAUUGCUUAUGAUGUAGGGAUGAUCAUGGUUUCAAGAUGAUGAUGAGACAUAGGAAAACAACUUUUUAAAUCUCUCCGUAUUGAAUGUGUAAGGUACAUUUUAUAUAUGUAGCUUCAACUUGUACUGUGAGAAUGAUUCUGAUCUUUGCCGCUUUCCGUCUGCUGGCCAGUGUGACAUGGUGAGAGAAACAUAACAAAAAAAAGCAAAAAAGUGAUAAAAUUGAUCAAAUUUUUUUUUUCAAAAUUUAAACGCUGCGAAAGAAACUAAAUGUUUAAAUGAUAUAUAUAUUUUUUUUUUUUUUUUUUUUUUUUUUUUUUUUUUGUCCAACAAAACUCGCUGCAAGAUCCGACCUUGUUUCUUUUACAAUAAUCUCAAGCAUUUAAAGGCAACUAUUGAAUUUUCGAAUUUAACAUAGGCAAGAGAUCAAACACCCUUAUUAUUUUCACCAAAAGGAUGAACAUUAAUGGAAAUACAAACAUGUCAUCGAGAAAGGCCAAGCGUCAGAAACAUUCACACUUUUUGCUUCCGUUGUGCGAGGAAUCUGAGAUUAGGCUUAGGAAGUCCAGGAAAAGCAAAUGAAGUCUUAAACAUUUUUCCUAAAUGAAGUCACGAGUCAAAAAAGUCUUUCGGAGGAAAAGAAAAUAAGUAACCAUUAUAAACGUCAGAUCAGAUUCUUUACAAUAUAAUGUUGGGAGAAAGAUUGCGGUAGCUUCGGCAGAGAUAUGUGGAAGAUGUCAUUGUUGUCUGAACUUUUGACCUUUUACUAAUGGAAGAUAUACUUUUUUAAAUCAUAAUCAGAGGAAAAUCCCGUCGUUGGAACAAGCAAGAUUAAAGCUAUCGAAUUUAAGAAAAAAAGAAAAAAAAGUGUUAUUGAGAAGAAAAGUUGAUUUUUUUUUUUUUUUUUUGAAGUCCGUCGAUAUGAACACCCGAUUGUUAAGUCAAACAUCAAAUACAUUUUAUAGCAAUUAACGACUAUCCAAAAGAGAACGGACUCCACGACGUCGGAACAUUUUUUUUUUUUUUUACUUUCUAAAAACUUCCACUUACAUUGUAAACUCACACCAUCAAACCUCCUUUUGGGACCUUCACAUAUUUACCUAAAAUCUCAUUUCGUGGUUCAACAGAGAGUGUGAAAGGUGUUUUGAAAAAAAAAAAAAAAAGAAGUCUCCAUUCAAAUUGGAAAAUACAACUAGUUCAAUGAAAAAAAGCGAAAUGUAUUGACUACAGAUGACAUCAACGACCUGCCAACCCCACCCCCUUUCCUUGACCCCCCCUCCCAUACGAGAGCUAUGACCUGACUUCUUCGGCUUGACCUCAGCUAUAUUAUGUGCAUUGCUAGGCUAUAAGCUAUAUGGGACCUGAUAUUUUGACCAAUACUACCAUCGACUCUGCGGUAUGCAUUGGGCACGUGUUGGACCUUAUCAUAGGUGGAUCUGUAAGCGUUUUAAGGCGGUUUUCGGAUCUGUAGACGUACGUUUUAAGACGAAUUUUGGAUCUGCAAACGUUUUAAGACAAAAGUUUCGCAUCCGUAAACGUUUUAGGACGAAUUUCUCUGGAUUUAGGAAUCGAUGGGUAACUUUUUUUUUCUUCGUUUGGUAACCUUUACUCAUGGAUUCUGUGGUUAGACUAAAGUAAUACUAGAAUAAAGUUGUAUCUUUCAAGUAUAUAAUAUUAAGCAAUUGACUGGUAAAAUCUGGAAUUAUUGCAUUGUUUCCGCAUUCAAAAUAGUAACAAAACUCAAAAGAGGGCAGUACAUUACAACAUCACAAAGAUAGUCCUGGUCAUCUUUUUUGACGCAGAAACCACGACAUGAGCAACGGUUCCGACAACGCCAGCGACAAAAGUGGGCUUCAGACAAACAGCCUCCGAUUCAGGAAAGAAAUCAGCCAGACAUGUUUUUUUUCUAUGUAGCUUUAUACCGUGUUGAUGAGAGAAUCAAAGGACACUUUUUUUUUAAAGAGAGUGAAAUGCAAAUGAAUCGUAAUUUUAUUAUUAUUAUUAUUAUUAUUAUUAUUAUUAUGAACUGUGUGUAUAUUCAGCGUUUUGAAAGGCUAGAAUCACCCGGAAGAAGGUUGAGAAUAGAGAAAGGGGAAGCAAAUAGGACGGUCUUGAAGUGAGAGCCAAUGGAACCUCAGCUUAAUUUGAUUAGUCAUUUUAAAUCAUUCUUAAAAUGUUGACCAGACAAAAAUAGAUUCUUAUAAAUAAGAAACCUUCAACUUUUUAGAAUCUAAGUCUCAAGAACACUUCGUAGGUAAGGGUUAAAGUAAAAAAAAACAAAAAAACCGCCAAUGUUUUCAUUCUUAUUGGAUACCUUCGGGAAACCAAGAAUCCAUACCAGACAAGACCUCAAGACAGGCCUCCUAAACCCUUUGCUUCCUCUCUUUCUAAGACCAUGUACACUCACCCACAGUGUUUUUUGCCUCAUGAAGUAUAAGGACGGGGCUUGUAUUUCAACCCUGGGAGGAUUCUCGAGCGACCGGGUGGAAAGGGAGGACGAGGAGGGGAGAGAGGGUGUUCAGUGGAGGGCUUCUUGAUACCCACGAGGAGGACUUUCUGUGUCUACUCCCCCCUCCCCCUCAUAAAAGGAUUAAAGAGAAUAGUAGAGUAAAGGAAAAUCUUGGUUAUUUUGGUUCACAAGUUUGUUCCAUCUGCCCUGUCCCUCCCGCCCCCCUCUCGCAACAGGAUCUCUCCCACAAGCUUCAUGGUUUUCAAGAUUAAAAUUUGAAUCGACAACCACGACCACAACAAGCUACAUCUUUGGCUCAAAUUUCUUGAUUGUACAUAGUAGACAUGUAGGCCUAUUCGUAAGUUAGGAUCAAGAUAUAAGGAACUCAAUAGUAAUAAAGGUUCAAUUACAGUGCAUCAUGUUUUGUUCGCUUGCUACUUUUGAUCAGUUAGUGGAAUGGAACCCAAUUUUCUUCGAAUUAGAAUGUGCCUUGACAUGGAUUAAAAAAAGUAAAAACCAAAUAAAAAAUGAAUCGAUAGAUAUGUGUUGCUUCUUAUUUCAAAUUGGCAUGAUUUGUAAUUAUUAUGAUUAUGGGAAAUAAAUUUACUUUUGUACCCUAA